CAAGCCAUUUCAUGCCUCAGAAACAGAGCUUUUGACACUACAAGACCCAGUGUAUGUUGAACAACAUAGACAUGCAAUGGUAGAAAUCGAUGCAGUGCUACUCGAUGUGGAUGACACGCUUUAUCCUGUCACCUCUGGCUUUUCUGACCAUCGAAAUGGAGAGGUGAUAUGCAAGUUCAUGGUAGAACAUUUGAGCUUUGAAUCGGCUGAGUCUGCAAAGAUCCUCCGUGAUGAAUACUUUCAGCCAGCCAAGCUGCAUUUGGUGUACAUUAGAAGAUUAAGUAGGGUCCAAGGCAGAGACCAGUUAAAUCUCAGUAGAAGCGUAGUAGACUUGGAAGUCAUACACUUCAAUUACACGAGUGCUGGGCCUUGUAGAACUCCAAGGCGCUAUCACUCAACGAUGAAAGGCUUAACAAUUGCGACUGAGGAGGGCCGCUUGCCAAAGCCCUUCAAGCAGGAAGAGUUGGGGCAAUACUGGGCGGACCACUGCGACUUUGCAAAGUUCAUUCGCGCAGAUCCCCGCCAGAUAGAGGUGAUUCGAAGCCUUGCACAGGAUGUGGGGCUCAAGAUGGCCGUUUUCACGAAUUCCCCAAGAAAGUAUGCGCUCAGAUGCCUGGAAGUGUUGGGUGUCAGAGAGUUCUUCCCAGACGACCAUGUUUUUGCUGUUGAGGAUGUGCUUCCUGCGUGUAAGCCGCAACCGGAGGCCUUCAAAGCCGUUUUGGAUGCCAUUGGCGCAGUUCCAGAGAGAACGGUGAUGUUUGAGGACUCUAUGAAGAAUAUCCGCGCGUGCAAGGCCUUGGGAAUACAUACUGUGCUGGUCCAUGAGGCAGAGGGAGGUGAAGCUGCCUUGCUUCAUGACACUCCAAUUCGGGAUGAUCCUGCUGUUGAUGCAGUCCUCAAGGACCUGUCGGAGACGCCAUCACUUUUGCCCUGCCUUUGGAAGAAACGUUUCGAGGCCGCGAAGCCUUCGGCUUCCUGCCCAAAGGGCCCAUGAAGCCAAACCGAAUGUUUUGCAU